AUGAAACGUCAGUUCAAGCUUGAAGAAAUCUCUGCCAUUAUAAAUGACUUUGCUGAACUUGGAUCACUUGCCCCCACCGCAUUAUACCUUGGUGGCACAAAAUCCAUGGUAAUCCAAGGUGAACCCGGAGCUGUUAUUCGAGGGAAAAAGGGACCUGGAGGUGUUACUGUUAAAAAGACCAAUCAAGCCUUGAUCAUCGGGACCUAUGACGAGCCAAUGACUCCUGGCCAGUGCAACAUGAUUGUUGAAAGGCUGGGUUAUUAUCUCAUUGACCAGGGUCUUUAAUUUCUUUGGUGUGCCUUAAUCUUCGCAUUUCUUCUUGGCUUCUUUUUUCUAUACGAAAAUACAUCGGCCACUUCCCGUAGUAAUGGUUGGAUGCAGUUAAAUUAACAGUAUUACUAGUAUUUAAAGUCACGGGGAACCUUUAUCCAGAAACAAUAGGCUUAAUUUUUGU